AAAUAACAUCUUACUUUUUAGUGUUUCAAUAUAUUAUUUUGUAAUGCACGUGCUUAAUUGUGACAUGCCUAGAACUUAAUAAAUAGCAUCACAACUAACACAUAAUCACAUUGCAAGGUGUUUAGUUCCUGAACAAUGGAAACCACAAAAACAAAACUUGCAUCUCCUCCUGCUGCUGCUGACUUGGAAGAGAUGUUAAACUCACUUCCGCAACACACUUGUAGCUGGUCGAAAGGCAAGUACACCUUGCACAAGUAUCAAGGCUUUUGGAGCCAUCGCAAGUUACUUGAAGUAGCAAUUCCGGCUCAACAAAGCUUCAAGGCUCGACCAGGUGAUGUAUUUCUCUGUAGUUACCCCAAAAGUGGCACAACAUGGCUAAAGGCCUUGGUCUAUGCCAUCAUAACCCGAGGAAAGUUUGAUAAGAGUCCUUUGCUCACAACCUUGCCUCAUAACUGUCUUCCCUUCCUCGAGAAAGAGCUUGAACAAAUUGUAGCAAACCAGAAGAACUCAUGCUUCGCACACGUGGCCACACACCUUCCUUACCAUUCCCUCCCAGAAUCAAUCCUAGCUUCAAACUGCAAGAUGGUUUACAUAUAUCGCAAUGUAAAAGAUGUCAUAGUUUCUUAUUACCAUUUCUCGAGAGAAAUAGCAAAACUAACCAUGGAAGAUGCCCCAUUUGAGGAGGCAUUCAAUGAAUUUUAUCAGGGCAUUUCACUUUAUGGGCCAUAUUGGGAUCAUAUCUUAGGAUACUGGAGAGCAAGCUUGGAGAGGCCCGAUAUAAUUCUUUUCUUAAAGUAUGAAGAUAUGAAAAAGGACCCGACAAUCCACUUGAAGAGACUUGCUGAGUUCAUUGGGUAUCCCUUUACAAUCGAAGAAGAGAAAGCGGGUGUGAUACAAAGCAUUAUAAACUUGUGUAGUUUUGAGAAUUUGAGCAACUUGGAAGUAAACAAAAGUGGUUGUUCAAAUGGAUUUUUUGGGAUUGAAAAUCGACUUUACUUCAGGAAGGCUAAGGAGGGAGACUGGAAGAACUACUUCACGGAUGAGGGAUGAGAUGAUUGAAAAGAUUGACAAACUGGUCGAUGAGAAACUCGGUGCCACGGGUUUGGUUCUAAAAUGAAAGGCUCAAGAUUGAUUACACCAUUGGCCACAUUAUUAUUAUUUUUGUGGUCCCAAAAAUUGCUUUAUUCCAGUAUGUCUUUGAAGUUUGUAGUUUUAAAUAAUUGAGUCUAUGUCGGUUGGGUCAAAUAAUGGGACAUAGCCCAACUAGAGUAUGUGAGUCCAUGAAUGCACGUGAGUUUGAAUCAGUAUUCAGUUAGGUUGUUUGGAAGUUAGACUAUUUAAGGUAUGGUAUGGUAUGACAUUGAAUAAAAAGCACCAGCAUUUUACUUUUCU